CGAGGGCGGGAGGGAGAGCUCCCCUCCCUCUUUCCUUCCCAGCCUCUGCUGCAGCUCUGCUCGCUCUGUUGCCGGGGAGGCAGAGAGGGAGGGGGCAAAGAGGCCGCCAUGUUGGAUCCUGAGACUUUAGUGGCUGCGGGAGCCUGUGUGUGAAGAGCAACGGUGAGGGGGAAAGUGGGGCGAGCGAAAGGAGGACGGAGAGGAAAGGACGAAGAAGCGUCGCAACAGGACGGCGGGCUCCGGGCUUUCACCCUCACCUGAAGGAGAUGCCCUGAAAACGGUGAACUGAAAGCAGGGGCAGCAUCUCUUUAUCCCUUGACUUUGAAAAAAGGAGCAACACCACCAGUAGCAUCCUCGAUAAGAAGGGAGAGGAGUAAAAGAGAGAGAGAGAGAGGCUGGACAGUCCUGACGGCCUGAGUCACCCUGUGCCCCAAGACCAAGCAGGAGCCAGAGGAUACGCAUCGACACGGGAAGGAUUGGCGAGGAUUAGUAGCCGACCUGGGCAAACGGAGGGUAUUUACGGGGGGGGCGAAUAUUGUUUCCCCUCCACGAGCUUUCCUCCCAGUGUACUGGGGGGAAGGGUUUGAAGAAAAUGAAGACUUCACGUUUAUUUUUGGAUAGCUGAAAAGCUUUAAUAGAAGACUAAGGAAGGAAGGAAGAUCGAGCCUUUUGCAACCAGCCCUGAGGAAGGGCAUUUUCUGGGGACUUUUCCUUCCCCCUUCUCUUCUCCCCACCCCCACUCUCUGAAGAAUUGCCACUGAUGCAUUUUCCAAGGAGGGGUGGUGGUGGUGGUGGUGGAGGAGGAGGGGGUGGAGGAAUAGGGGGUGGGGGUGGAGGAGGAAGAGGAAGAGGAGAAGGUGGCGAUGGAGGUGGCAGUGGCGGAUAUCUUCCAGCUCUGUACCUUCCAAAUCCUAUGCAUUUUAUUUUUUGCCCACCCUCUUCAUAUACCUUUCUUUUUGCUGCUCUUUCCUUGAAAGUGAAUUGCUGAUGCAAAUUGAAUGGGGAUUUUACACUUUAAUGAUGCAGCAGGAUUCAUUUCGGGGGUUAUGUUGCAUGAUCUGAAUUUUGAAUGAAGGAGGAGACCUUUUAAAAAUCUGUCUAUAUAUGAGAGAAGAGUGAGGUUCAAGUCCUGGGUUGACUUCCUUUUUUAAUUAAUAUUAUUAUUAUUUAAAUGUAUAAAGUAUAUAUUUUCUGUUCUUUUAAAUGUAUUAAAAGAGAUUUUUAGGGUAAUUAUUUUUCUUUAAUAUUCUGUAUAUAUUAUAUAUGUGUGUGGAAAGACUGACCAAGAUACAGUUUUCAGCUGGGAAUUCUGAGAUGGAUUAUACGUUCAAUGCAUUCACUGAAACACUGACUUUUUAAAAUACUUUUUAGAAACUGUAAUACAUUUUAAAGUUUUAGAUUUUUCAAAUAACAAUAAAGAGAGGAGUUCCCUUAAAAAACUGAAGCAACCAUGUCUGGAGAAGUGCGCUUGAGACAGUUGGAACAGUUUUUUUUGGAUGGUCCAACUCAGACAAAUGGGCAAUGCUUUAGUGUGGAAACCUUGCUGGAUAUACUCAUCUGCCUUUAUGAUGAAUGUAGUAAUUCACCCUUGCGGAGGGAAAAGAAUAUUCUGGAGUAUCUAGAAUGGGCCAAGCCUUUCACUUUCAAAGUGAAGCAGAUGCGAUUGCAUAAAGAAGACUUUGAAAUCUUGAAGGUGAUUGGCCGAGGAGCCUUCGGGGAGGUUGCUGUAGUCAAGUUGAAAAAUACAGAUAAGGUAUUUGCUAUGAAAAUACUAAAUAAAUGGGAGAUGCUGAAAAGAGCUGAGACAGCUUGUUUUCGAGAAGAAAGGGAUGUAUUAGUGAAUGGUGAUAACCAGUGGAUUACAACAUUGCACUAUGCCUUUCAGGAUGAAAACUAUCUAUACCUGGUUAUGGAUUACUAUGUUGGUGGUGACCUGCUUACCUUGCUCAGUAAAUUUGAGGACCGGUUACCUGAAGAGAUGGCUCGCUUUUAUUUGGCUGAAAUGGUAAUAGCAAUUGAUUCUGUACAUCAGCUGCAUUAUGUCCACAGGGAUAUCAAGCCAGACAACAUUCUUAUGGAUAUGAAUGGACAUAUUCGGUUAGCAGAUUUUGGUUCAUGUCUAAAACUGAUGGAAGAUGGAACGGUUCAGUCUUCAGUGGCAGUUGGAACACCAGAUUAUAUUUCUCCAGAAAUCCUGCAGGCCAUGGAAGACGGAAAAGGAAAGUAUGGUCCUGAAUGUGACUGGUGGUCUCUUGGCGUUUGCAUGUAUGAAAUGCUUUAUGGAGAAACUCCCUUUUAUGCAGAGUCCUUAGUUGAGACCUACGGAAAAAUAAUGAACCAUAAAGAGAGGUUUCAGUUUCCUGUCCAAGUGGCAGAUGUAUCUGAAAAUGCAAAAGACCUCAUUCGUAGGCUCAUCUGCAGCAGAGAACACAGACUUGGACAGAAUGGGAUAGAAGAUUUUAAGAACCACCCAUUCUUUGCAGGGAUUGACUGGGAUAACAUUCGAAAUUGUGAAGCACCUUACAUCCCUGAAGUUAGCAGUCCAACUGAUACAUCAAACUUUGAUGUGGAUGAUGAUUGUUUAAAGAAUUCUGAGACAAUGCCCCCACCAACACAUACUGCAUUUUCAGGCCAUCAUCUGCCAUUUGUAGGAUUCACAUACACAAGUAACUGUGUCCUUUCGGAUUGCAGUAGUUUAAGAUUUGCUGCUGGGCAACCUGCUGUGGACCUUGAUGCCAGCGUUCAAAGGACACUUGAGGAUACCUUAGCCACAGAGGCAUAUGAAAGGCGAAUAAGACGCCUGGAGCAGGAAAAAAUUGAACUUAGUAGAAAACUUCAAGAGUCUACGCAGACAGUUCAAGCCCUACAUUACUCAACUGUAGAUGGUCCUUUAACAGCAAGCAAGGACGUGGAAAUUAAAGGCUUAAAAGAAGAAAUUGAAAAGCUGAAAAAGCAGGUGACUGAUUCUGGACAACUUGAGCAGCAACUUGAAGAGGCCAGUUCUACAAGACGAGAAUUAGAAGAUGCUGCUCGUCAAAUCAAAAUGUUUGAGAAGCAAAUUAAAGCAUUAAAACAAGAAAAGGAUGAUCUUAAUAAGGAUAUGAUUGAGUCUAGCGAAAGAUUGAAGACCCAAACCAAAGAGCUGAAAGACGCACAUAGUCAACGGAAGCUGGCCAUGCAGGAAUUUUCUGAAAUGAAUGAGCGACUGACUGACUUGCAUUCACAGAAACAGAAACUUACCCGUCAAGUCAGAGAUAAAGAGGAAGAGAUGGAAGUGGUGAUGCAGAAGGUGGAAAGCUUGAGGCAAGAGCUACGCAAAACAGAAAGAAUGAAAAAGGAACUGGAAGUUCACGCUGAAGCUGCAUCUGCUGAGGCAUCCAAGGACAGGAAAUUGCGUGAACGAAGUGAACAGUACUCUAAGCAGCUGGAAAACGAGUUAGAAGGACUAAAGCAGAAGCAAAUUGGUCGUGCUCCAGGGAUGAGCAGCAUAGAACAUCAACAAGAGAUCACCAAAUUAAAGUCUGAUUUGGAAAAAAAGAGUGUUUUUUAUGAAGAGGAACUAUCCAAACGAGAAGCGAUACAUUGCAAUGAAAUAAAAAACCUGAAGAAAGAACUGCGUGAUGCCGAGAGCCAACAGCUUUCUCUUAAAAAAGAGAUCUUGAUCUUGAAAGACAAGUUAGAAAAGACAAGGAGAGAAAGCCAAAGUGAAAGAGAGGAAUUUGAAACUGAGUUCAAACAGAAAUACGAACGAGAGAAGAUCCUGCUGACAGAAGAUAACAAAAAGCUUUCCAAUGAGCUUGAUAAGCUUACAGCUAUGUAUGAAAGACUUAGUAUGAAUAAUCGGCAGAUGGAAGAAGAAAUGAGAGAUCUUGCUGACAAAAAAGAAUCCGUAGCACACUGGGAGGCCCAGAUUACUGAGAUCAUCCAGUGGGUGAGUGAUGAAAAAGAUGCUCGAGGCUAUCUUCAAGCCUUAGCCUCCAAAAUGACUGAAGAACUUGAGGCCCUGAGGAAUUCCAGUUUAGGUGCAAGAGGAACAGACAUGCCGUGGAAGAUGCGCCGCUUUGCAAAACUAGAUAUGUCUGCGAGGUUAGAACUACAGUCAGCCUUGGAUGCAGAAAUACGAGCCAAGCAAGCAAUUCAAGAGGAGCUGAAUAAAGUCAAAGCUUGCAAUAUUGCGACAGAAUGUAAACUACAGGAGUCUGACAAGAAGAACUCUGAGCUGUUGGCAGAAAUAGAGAAACUGAAAAAAGAGACUGAAGAACUGAGAUCAGAAAAGGGCGUAAAGCACCAAGACUCACAGAAUUCUUUCUUGGCAUUUUUGAAUGCUCCUAACUCUGCUCUGGAUCAAUUUGAAGAUUCCCUUUCUUCUUCAUCCUCUUCAUUGAUUGAUUUUAUGGAUGACCGCUCUCCUUCCUGUAUUCCGACUCACAAAGGCAGACGUAUUGAUUCAGUUGAAAAUUUUACAUUAUCUAAUACGCCUUCACGGGAUGAAGAUCUCAAGUGUCACCUUCAUUCAAGAUCUAGGUCCCCUUCCACAGCUAGUGAGAUUGAACCAAUUGAGGUUUCAGAUCAUCCUUUGCGUCCUGUUCACACACCAACUAUGAGAUCACCAUAUAUUGGUUCAGGACUCUCUGUGCCAAAGCCUAAGGCCCAUCAGUUUGUAGUGAAAUCCUUUAAUACCCCUACAAAAUGUAAUCAGUGUACCUCUUUGAUGGUUGGCUUAAUAAGACAAGGCUGUACUUGUGAAGUAUGUGGAUUUUCAUGCCAUGUGACCUGUGCAGAUAAGGCGCCUGCAGUGUGUCCUAUCCCACCUGAACAGACGAAGGGUCCUUUGGGGAUUGACCCACAGAAAGGCAUAGGAACUGCUUAUGAAGGGCAUGUCCGAGUCCCUAAACCGACGGGAGUGAAGAAAGGGUGGCAGAGAGCACUAGCUGUUGUUUGUGACUUCAAGCUGUUUCUUUAUGAUAUUGCAGAAGGAAAAGCAUCCCAGCCCAAUGUGGUAGUGAGUCAGGUUCUUGAUAUGAGGGAUGAAGAAUUUUCAGUGAGUUCAGUCUUGGCUUCUGAUGUCAUCCAUGCAAAUCGAAAAGAUAUCCCCUGUAUCUUUAGAGUUACAGCUUCCCAACUAUCAGCAUGCAGUAAUAAGUGUUCAAUCCUGAUCCUGGCUGAUAGUGAGAAUGACAAGAGCAAAUGGGUAGGAGUCCUGAAUGAGUUACACAGGAUUUUAAAGAAGAACAAACUCAAGGAUCGCUCAGUCUAUGUUCCCAAAGAGGCCUAUGACAGCACCUUGCCCCUCAUUAAAACGACACAGGCAGCAGCAAUCAUAGAUCAUGAAAGAAUAGCUUUGGGAAAUGAAGAAGGAUUAUUUGUUAUACAUGUCACCAAGGAUGAGAUAAUUCGUGUCGGUGACAAUAAAAAGGUUCAUCAGAUUGAGCUCAUCCCGAAUGAACAGCUGAUAGCAGUGAUCUCAGGACGAAACCGUCAUGUACGGCUAUUCCCGAUUACAGCUCUGGAUGGACGAGAAACUGAUUUUUAUAAACUGGCAGAAACUAAAGGCUGUCAGACUAUAGUUUCAGGACAAGUGCGCCAUGGAGCUCUUACUUGCUUGUGUGUGGCGAUGAAAAGACAAGUCCUCUGUUAUGAACUAAAUCACAGCAAGACACGUCACAAAAAGAUUAAAGAGAUCCAAGUGGCUGGGAAUGUCCAGUGGAUGGCAGUCUUUAGUGAACAGCUCUGUGUGGGCUACCAGUCAGGAUUCCUAAAAUACCCUUUGCAUGGUGAAGGAAACCCACAUAGCUUGCUUCACCCAGAUGACCACACAUUGUCAUUCAUUGCACAACAGCCAUCUGAUGCCAUCUGUGCAGUUGAGAUCUCAAAUAAGGAAUACCUGCUGUGUUUUAACAGCGUGGGAGUUUAUGUGGACUGCCAAGGUCGAAGGUCUAGGCAACAGGAACUAAUGUGGCCUGCAACUCCUUCUUCUGCCUGUUACAAUGCUCCUUACCUCUCAGUAUACAGUGAAAAUGCGGUUGAUAUAUUUGAUGUAAACUCCAUGGAGUGGAUUCAGACUAUCCCCCUCAAGAAGGUACGCCCUUUAAACAUAGAAGGAUCACUAAACCUCUUGGGACUAGAAACAGUUCGAUUAAUAUAUUUCAAAAACAAGAUGGCAGAGGGUGAUGAGCUGGUAGUUCCUGAGACUUCAGACAACAGCCGGAAGCAAAUGGUCCGAAAUAUCAACAAUAAGCGGCGUUACUCAUUCAGAGUGCCUGAGGAGGAGAGAAUGCAACAGAGGAGGGAGAUGCUUCGAGAUCCAGAAAUGAGAAAUAAAUUAAUUUCUAAUCCAACCAACUUCAACCACAUAGCACACAUGGGCCCAGGGGAUGGUAUACAGAUCCUCAAAGAUCUGCCGAUGAACCUUCGACCUCAGGAAAGUCGGACCAUGUUUAGUGGCUCUGUCAGCAUCCCAUCAAUUACAAAAUCUCGGACCGAACCAGGGCGUUCCAUGAGUGCUAGCAGUGGCCUGGCAGCAAGAUCGUCUGCACAAAAUGGCAGUGCUUUGCGGAGGGAAUUCUCAGGAGGUAGUUAUGGAGCAAAGCGCCAGCCGAUGGCAUCCCCUUCAGAUGGCUCCUUGUCCUCUGGUGGUUUGGAUCAGAGCAGUGAUGCACCAGUGAGGGACUAUGAGCGAGAGGACUCUGACUCUCCAAGACAUUCAACAGCAUCUAACAGCUCCAACUUGAGCAGCCCUCCCAGCCCCAUCUCUCCUCACAAGACUAAGAGCCUCUCCCUGGAGAGCUCUGACCACGUCAGUUGGGACACAUGAACCGCUUCAUCCUUCAAAUUUGACACCUCCGCAGCUUAUUGUCCCUGUGGCUCUCUGUUUGUUCUCACUGACAUCACCCCCAGCUUUCCUCCAGAAUCAAACUAUAGGAGGGGGAGAAAAAGGAGGAAGAGAAUAUAUUUGCCUUCUCUUGCACAAGCAGUGUAACCUCACCACUCCUUCCCCCUUCAUUCGACAGUAGUGGCAAACAAGAGAAAGAAAACCUUGGUGGAGGGAAAGGGGAGGGGUUAGUAUACAAGAGAUAUUGGUAUAUUUGUAUUAGUAUUGAUUUUAUUUCAUAGGAUUACAACUGUUCCCAUUAUUAUGGGCAUAUUUAACACUACACUACCACUCCAAGCCAAACUCAGUAGUGUAGACAGACCAAAACAGAAUCUGUAAGAGGAAAAAAAAUCAGAUUUUUGCUUUGCCACACAGUAUCCCAUUCUAUUUUUGCAAAAGUAGCACAGCAACACUCCUCCGUCUCUGGAGGAGCAAAAUUAGUCCUGCAAGGGCUCACCUACGCACGCUUUCAGCCAGUCACUCUUGUUUGAAUGUCAUUCUGAUUGUUGCCAGCAAAUCCUUAUUGAUUAAAAAAAUGAUACAUAUUUUACUACAGUACAGAAUUUAAAUACACAUAAUUAAGAGUUAGUACAUAUGUAUAUAAUAAAAGAACAAGCAACAUUGUGAUGCAGUGGAAGAUGGAUUCCUGUUUAAGAGAUCCUUUAAUUUAAGAAGACUUGUGUUCCCUUUUUCAUACUAAAUAAUCUACAUAUGGGGGGGGGGUUUCUGAAUAUACAGCAUGGCACUAAGCAGAAGCUGGAUGAAGAGUCCAUUCUCACAAUUGUUCUGAGAUUUUUUUCUUCUCGUUCGAUGAACUGAAGCCAUUAUCCUCAUUUUACAAUAUCUCUCCGAUCUUCUACCUUCUUUUGGAAGGUAAACCACUCCACUCUACAAGCAAGCCCAUGAUUUAACGGUCUACAAGCAUGAAGCUGGUACAUUGUCUGUACAACAGUUUAUUGCCGAAUUGACAUCAGCCCCAUGCAGCUACUGAACAAUGCUAUUCCUAAUCUGGUCACUUGAUAGAAUGUUUGGUGGCUACAAGCUUCUAUUCUGAAGAUGUUCAUUGUGGUCAUUUUCCUACCCCCCCCCCCUUUCAAUCCCAGCUCAGUGAUAUUUAAUGUUGUUAAUGCUGUAAAAUACUUGGUGCUUGGAUCCAGCCAAGAGGCACUUGGCACUGAAGAACACUCUCUGAAAGCAGGCUGAGAGAACAGUGGAAACCUAAAAUUGUUUAAAUAAACAGUGGCGAAUAUAGCAUGCAAAUAGAUAGCCAGAACAAGAUAAUUUCCCAGUACCACCCUAUCUACUUCAGCGAGGUUUGCAUUUUGAGACUAGAUGAAUGUGAUUUUUCUUUUCCUUGGGAUCCUUGCUAUCAUAUGCCAUGACUAAGAUGGAACUAAUUAAGAGUUUGAGUUUUUACUUUAAACUUAGAUUAGUGGUUUCAUAGAUACUCCUAUUUUAUGGGUUCCACCAAAUCAUUCCAAGCCCUUCUAGUGCUCAACUAAACAACAAAAGUGUAACUAAUAGGACAGGAAUUUUUACAGGUUCCCUCUAAACACUAUAUCAGUGCUAUUCAUGCUGUCAUAUCCCAAACUACCAUUUAGCUCUUUUAUACUGGGGGAAAGUGGCUGGCAGAGAGGGAUGCCAGCCUUUGCUGUUAAAUAUGACUAUGAAGACUUCUUGUUUGUAUUUUGUCACCAUAAGGGAUUUUGGCAUUUUAUAGCAUCCAGUCACCCACCCUAAGUUAGCUUCCAGUUCUGUGAGCUUUUCAGAAACUGGCUGGACAGAGGGAUGCACCUUAAGAUCCAUGGAUAACAACUACUUCUGCACCACUAAGUACCAAAGGGUUCUUACCCUGCUAGCCUCUGUUGAUCCUCCCUGCAAUGCUUCUUUUGUCUACAGGCUUACAGUUGUAACACCAGCGCGAUGUUUUCCUCCUGUCACUAUGGUUUAAUCAUCUUUUGAAGGCCAGAGAGGAUUUAAACUCUAAACAGUUGGUCUAUGUGAUUAUCCAUCUCAAAAGUUAUUGUCUCGGAUGCCUUCCAAAGUUCCUUGGCAACUGAUCUGUGCUCCAAAAAGGAAAAGAACAAGUGAACCCAAAUUUCUGGUCAAAACAAAGAGUUGUUUAUAGUAGAGAUGAUUGGAAGAGAACCCUGUCCUAACAAUUAUAUUUUAUACCAUGUUGGGACAUUUCACAGGUUGAAAGUGCCACCUUUUGUAAAGAUGACAGCACUUUGGGGAUGUACUUGGGCACAUGCCAUCCCUUGUCAGUUAUCUACCCUUGUUUCUAGUUGCAUCCGAUGUGGAUGCUUUAAUAUCUGUGAAAUGGUUUGCUAGUAAAGUUGGGAUUUGCUGCUAUGUAUUGUUGAGUUUCCAUUCGUAUGUGAUAGCAAUUGUCCAAGCACUUUUAGAAUCUCACUGAAUCAUGAUUAAUUUGACUGUCUCCUUGUGUACCCAGUAUCAGGCUAUGCUUUGCCUAAAUGAAUAAAUUUCCCUUGGGCUGAUUCAGGCACCUUAUUCUCGAGGCCCAUUAAAUCAAAUUUCAGUCCUAAAAGAAUCUCAGACGAAGGCAUCCGUCUUUUUCCUGGCUCAUGCACAAACUAUUCAAAUAAUUAAUCUUUAUUUUCAGGCACAUUCCUGGUGUAUUAUCCAUUUUUUAUACUCCUGACUUAGCAGGUUUCUUCUAAAGUUUGAUUUGUGUGUUAACUGUUUUUUUGUUCAUAGCCUGCAUUUUUUUAGAACAGCAGUCUUGAUUUAAAAAAAAUUACAAUGACAUUUGUGUUAAACUCUCAGGUAUUUGAAAGCAGCAGGAUAUCUUCAUAGGAUAAACAUGAAAUGCAAUAAUUAUUCUGGGCAUGAGAGACACCACAGAUGCACCUCAGACAGAAAUACUUUCUGCUCUGAUAUUUACAAACUUUGGUGAUUGACUGGAUUCAGGAUGGCAGUUUAGACCCUUGAAUGUGCAGAAACAUUUGGUAUUUUUUUCAGUUAACUUUUUUAAAUAGUAGCAUCUCAGUUUUGUUUUUUCCUAGUUUGUCAGAAAGUAAUUGGGAAUCCAAAACCUGACUUGAUGGGAUUUAUUUAGCCUUAGACAAUUUCACUUCAGGUGUGAAAAUUACCUCUGUUCAACCUUGGUUCCAUACAUUGAUGCCCUAUCCAGGAACCUUUGGGAUGAACUUCAUGGGGGAGCUUAUAACAUCUGUUCAGGCCAACGCUAUGAGGCUUGCCACUCGGAGGCUAAUAAGGGCACCAGCCUCUCUCUGAAGCAGAUUCUAUGGGCUUCUAACUCCAAGCUUAAGGGGAGGGGGGGGGGGGGUCGAGAUAUAUACUGUAGAUUUUCAACUUUCAAACCAUGUGCAUUAAGGCAGUUCCACAACUUAUCAUCUUGUCUGUUUCCUUCUGUAUAUAAAAAAAUAAUAAUCCAUCAUAAGAAAUUGUCUCACUUAUGAGGAAGCAAUCCACAACCAAAAACCAGUGUUGAUAUUUCACAGCAAUUAUUCCUGCCUUUUUAUGUAAGACAAUUUCAUAUCAUUUAUUUUUUAAAAAGAUAUUUUUAGGGAUUUUUUUCAUUGUAAUAUUGUUGUACAGUUUUGCAUGGGCUAGAUGUAAUCACUUUUUUGUUGUUUUUUAGAGUAUAAAAGCUGACAAGUGUGCGUGUGGGGGACAGAUACUGCUUUUUGCCUCUUCUCACUCUUCUUUUUGGUUUAUACCCUCAAUGGUAUAGAGGACAUCGUAAGAGACUCUCUGCUCCAAACAAUGAUGUAGAUUCUUUUGCACAGAAAUAUUUAAGGUGGCUCAGUCAAUGCUGUGAUAAAUGACCAGUCACCAAUAUUUUGUUGGUAACACUUAAUAUUAACCUACUUUGAUGUAUUGCAAUAAAACAGGGAACUAUUAGAAAUAAAA